UUGUAUUCGGGGGAACGUAUUUUGGCGUCGGACCAAUGAGUAGCCAAGCGCACACCGCUUUAGGGAUUCUACGAUGGACGUGGAGAACCUGCUUUCCAAAGUGUGCCCCUGUGAAAGAACUGGCCAGGGCGCCAUUAUUUCUCCUUCACCGACCAUUCUGUUCAUCACAGCUGGUUCCACCCUUGUCUACUCCUGCUCAGACCGUCCCGCAAGGAAGGACAGAGCUAACCAUACAGUCUUUGGCUGAAAUUGGUUUCUCUGAAAGCCAGGCUCAGUUGGUGUAUGAAGCAGCAAGUAAAAACCGCUGCAAGCAUGACGUGCCAGUGUUAACUGUCCUCUUCAGCCUCGGAUUAAACCCAAGCAGCGUGAUGAAGAUCCUGGAGAAAUGUCCUGAGUUGUAUUCUCUUAAAGAAUCUCAGUUGCAACAGAGGGUUAUGAAUCUAAGGAAGCUUGGCCUGCUUGAAGGCUGUUUGCAGAGGGUGAUAAGCCACUACCCAAAGAUACUGUCAUUUCCAGUGAAGAGGGUGAACGCAGUGUCUCGGCUUCUCAGAGAAAAGUGCCAGUUCACUGCUCAGCAGAUGGCAGACAUCCUCCGAGACUCACCACACGUGGUGGAAGAAGAUCCUGCACGUCUGGAGUACAUGUUUCAGUAUGUAUAUUUCCGUAUGGGCUGUCGCCAAGCUGAGAUGGUGAAAGCGAAGCUCUUUACACUCACCCUGGAGGAGCUGCGGUGUCGUCACAGCUUCCUGGAGCGUCGCGGACUGUUCCAAACCCCUGACAAGAAGGGCCAGACACUUGUCCUCAACCCUCGCCUCAAAGACUUUCUCAGCAUCUCCCAGGAACUUUAUCUCACCGAUGUAGCCAACGCUACACAGGAAGAGUUUGAUGUGUUUCAGAAACUUGUGGCAAGAGAGCAGGAGGAAGAGGAGCAAAGUGAAGAGUACAGCAGUGAUGAUUAUGACGAAGACGACGACGACGACGAUGAUGAUAAUGAGGUCACAAAGAGGUCUUUCAGUUACAAAAAGAAAACAAAUCAGAGAGCGAAGAAUCCAGAAAGAAACUGAUCACCAAAAUAUCUGCUACUUGUAAUAUGCAUCUUAACAUCAACAUAAAUUGUUUUUUAUCUUCAU